GGCGGCGCGGGCGAGCCCAAGGGGAGGGUCGGCGGCUCAUCCAGUCCCCGCAGCCACCCGCGCGCAGCGCAGCUCGGGAGCGGGACGCGGCGCUCCGAGCCCCGGCAGCGCCCACCCUUCCUCCCGCGUCGCGCGCCAGCGCCCGCUCCGCCCGCGACUUCAGUUCGGCUCCACCCCCGCGUGGCGGCGGCUCGCUCUGUCCGAACCCGUGCUCGGCACCGACCCAGCCCGAGCAAGCGGCCGCCACCUGCCUCGCGCCGCCACGGCCCGCCCCCACCGCGGCCCAACUUGGAUGGAGUUGGGGUCCUGAGCGCCUGCCCCUCGCAGCCAGCCAGCUGAGAGCCCCGCACCGCCGCCUCUGGUCCGGGACCCCUUCUCCGCUCCUCUCCGCUCCCGCGAUGGGAAAAGUUGGCGCCGGCGGCGGCUCCCCAGCCGGGCUGAGCGCGCUCCUCGCGGGCGCGGGGCUCUUGGUCCUCUGCGCCCCGGGCUCCUGCGGCGGCGGCUCCUGUUGUCCCCCGCGGCAUCCCAGCGCGGCCCCACGCUGGGCUCCGACCCCAGGGGGGCUUCCUCACCAGGGACCGCGAGGCAGAGCUCCUGCUGAGCCCCUGCCUCAACUCGGAAGACCCCUGUUCGCAGUGGCCCCCGGGGACCGAGCGCUGUCCCUGGAGCGGGCCCCGGGCACUGGGGCGCCGGUGGCGGUCGCUCCACGCUCUGGCCGGAAGAGACGGAGUGGAGAGGAUCUAGAGAAGGCUGAGCGAGGAGAGGGGACGAGUAGAAGCCCGCGGGGAGUGCUAAGGGACAGAGGGCAGCAGGAGCCUGGGACUCCGGAGCGGGACCCGGACAAAGCCACUCGCUUCCGGCUGGAGGAGCUGAAACUGACCAGCACCACGUUCGCGCUGACGGGCGACUCAGCACACAACCAAGCCAUGGUCCACUGGUCUGGCCACAACAGCAGCGUGAUUCUCAUUUUGACAAAGCUGUAUGACUAUAACCUGGGGAGCAUCACGGAGAGCUCGCUUUGGAGGUCAACCGAUUAUGGGACAACCUAUGAGAAGCUGAAUGAUAAAGUUGGGUUGAAAACGAUUUUAAGCUAUCUCUACGUGUGUCCUACCAACAAGCGUAAGAUUAUGUUGCUCACAGACCCAGAGAUUGAGAGCAGUUUACUGAUCAGCUCGGACGAAGGGGCAACCUAUCAAAAAUACCGGCUGAACUUUUACAUCCAGAGCUUACUUUUCCACCCCAAACAAGAGGACUGGAUUCUGGCAUACAGCCAAGACCAAAAGUUAUACAGCUCUGCUGAAUUUGGGAGAAGGUGGCAGCUUAUCCAGGAAGCGGUUGUACCAAACAGAUUCUACUGGUCUGUGAUGGGGUCGAACAAGGAACCGGACCUUAUACAUCUAGAAGCCAGAACUGUGGAUGGUCAUUCACAGUACCUAACAUGCCGAAUGCAGAACUGCACAGAGGCCAACAGAAAUAAACCUUUCCCAGGCUACAUCGACCCAGACUCUCUGAUUGUCCAGGAUGAUUACGUGUUUGUUCAGCUGACAUCAGGGGGACGGCCACAUUACUACGUGUCCUACCGAAGGAAUGCGUUUGCCCAGAUGAAGCUCCCCAAGUAUGCUUUGCCCAAGGACAUGCAUGUCAUCAGCACUGAUGAGAACCAGGUGUUCGCAGCGGUCCAGGAGUGGAACCAGAAUGACACGUACAACCUCUACAUCUCAGACACACGUGGAGUCUACUUCACCCUGGCCUUAGAGAAUGUCCAGAGCAGCAGAGGGCCUGAGGGCAACGUCAUGAUCGACCUCUAUGAGGUAGCAGGGAUAAAGGGAAUGUUCUUGGCUAACAAGAAGACUGACAACCAGGUCAAGACUUUCAUCACAUACAACAAAGGCAGAGACUGGCGUUUGCUGCAGGCUCCGGACACAGACCUACGGGGGGACCCUGUGCACUGCUUGCUGCCCUAUUGCUCCCUACACCUUCACCUUAAGGUCUCUGAGAAUCCCUACACGUCAGGGAUCAUCGCCAGCCGAGACACAGCCCCCAGCAUCAUAGUGGCUUCAGGUAAUAUAGGUUCUGAGUUGUCAGACAGUGACAUCAGCAUGUUUGUCUCUUCAGAUGCGGGAAACACUUGGAGGCAGAUAUUUGAAGAAGAGCACAGUGUUUUGUAUCUGGAUCAAGGUGGAGUCCUGGUUGCUAUGAAGCACACAUCUCUCCCAAUUCGACAUCUCUGGUUGAGUUUUGAUGAAGGGAGAUCUUGGAGCAAAUACAGUUUCACAUCUAUUCCCCUUUUUGUGGAUGGGGUUCUGGGUGAACCUGGGGAAGAGACUCUCAUCAUGACAGUGUUUGGACACUUCAGUCACCGCUCCGAAUGGCAGCUGGUCAAAGUGGACUACAAGUCCAUUUUCGAUAGACGCUGUGCCGAGGAGGACUACAGACCCUGGCAGCUACACAGCCAGGGGGAAGCAUGCAUCAUGGGAGCGAAGAGGAUAUAUAAGAAGAGAAAAUCCGAGCGAAAAUGCAUGCAGGGAAAAUAUGCAGGAGCCAUGGAGUCUGAGCCCUGUGUCUGCACAGAGGCUGAUUUUGACUGUGACUAUGGUUAUGAACGACACAGCAAUGGUCAGUGCCUGCCAGCCUUUUGGUUCAAUCCAUCCUCUCUGUCAAAGGACUGCAGCUUGGGGCAGAGUUACCUCAAUAGUACUGGGUAUAGAAAGGUGGUUUCCAAUAACUGCACUGAUGGAGUGAGAGAACAGUACACAGCCAAGCCACAGAAGUGCCCGGGGAAGGCCCCGCGGGGGCUCCGGAUCGUCACGGCUGAUGGAAAGCUGACGGCGGAACAAGGGCACAACGUCACUCUUAUGGUGCAACUGGAAGAGGGUGACGUCCAGAGGACACUCAUCCAGGUGGACUUCGGGGAUGGCAUUGCAGUGUCUUAUGUCAACCUCAGCUCCAUGGAAGAUGGAAUCAAACACGUCUAUCACAAUGUGGGCAUUUUCCGAGUGACCGUGCAGGUGGACAACAGUCUGGGGUCUGACAGCGCCGUCCUGUACUUACAUGUAACUUGUCCCCUGGAGCAUGUACACCUGUCUCUUCCCUUUGUCACCACGAAGAACAAGGAGGUCAACGCAACCGCCGUGCUGUGGCCCAGCCAGGUGGGCACCCUGACUUACGUGUGGUGGUACGGGAACAACACGGAGCCCCUGAUCACCUUAGAGGGAAGCAUAGCAUUCAAGUUUACUUCUGAAGGGAUGAACACCAUCACAGUGCAGGUCUCAGCUGGGAAUGCCAUCCUGCAAGACACAAAGACCAUCGCGGUGUACGAGGAAUUCCGAUCUCUUCGCCUGUCCUUUUCUCCAAACCUGGACGAUUACAACCCGGACAUCCCUGAGUGGAGGAGAGACGUCAGCCGAGUCAUCAAAAAGGCCUUGGUGGAGGCCACCGGGGUUCCGGCCCAGCACAUCUUGGUGGCAGUGCUGCCUGGCCUGCCCACCGCUGCCGAGCUCUUUGUCUUACCCCAUCAGGACCCCACAGGAGAAAACAAAAGGUCAGCCGAGGACCUGGAGCAGAUAUCAGAACUGCUGAUUCACAAGCUCAACCAAAACUCGGUGCACUUUGAGCUGAAGCCGGGGGUCCAAGUCCUUGUCCACGCAGCCCACUUAACAGCAGCCCCGCUGGUGGACCUCACUCCAACCCACAGCGGCUCCGCCAUGCUGAUGCUGCUGUCCGUGGUGUUUGUGGGGCUGGCGGUGUUCGUCAUCUACAAGUUCAAAAGGAGAGUAGCUUUACCCUCCCCUCCCUCCCCUUCUACUCAACCCGGUGACUCAUCUCUCCGAUUGCAAAGAGCAAGACACGCCACUCCACCUUCAACGCCAAAGCGGGGAUCGACUGGGGCCCAGUUUGCCAUUUAAGGAAAACCCCCAAAGGCUACAGGCGACCUGCUGAUCAGGAAAGAAUUUCGCUCUUGUCAAGUGCAUCCUCUCCAUGACCACUAACUUUGUGUUUUGUUUUGUUUUUUUUCCCCCCUUUGUUGUUCUGUUUCCUAUCUUGCCAGGAAGUAUUUCCAUAGUUGCUGAGAAUCAAAGCACAAAAGAAAUCCCUACCUAUGUAAAUGUUUGACUGGAGGACGCCAGUAAAAACAAAAACAAACAAAUAAAAUAAAAACAAUCAAAAUCCCAACAGACAAACAAACACUCACUGCAUCGGGACUUUUUAAUUCUUCAGACACAACAAGGGUUUUUAGCUUUAAGCCUGUGCAUGUGGACAGUACCUUGAGAACAUGCUUGGAGGGGCAGUGUACAGGUGCUCUAUUUUAAUGGAAAAAACACUCCCCUCCCCCUUUCUUCUUCUCUCUCUCUUUUUCUGAUCGGUCGUGUUUGUAGAAAAUUCCUAACAUAUAUAGGCCAAGGAAAUCUGCAUGUAUUUUUGGAAAUAUUCUUGGCUCUAGAUUUAACAGCUCUUUUAGCACUAUAGGCUGAUGGGUGGAUUAGCCACCCCGGCUCUUUUCACAAGACACAAAGACAUGCACAGGAGUUCAAAACCCUGAGCUGUUUCUCUGUUCCACUUUCCUGGUUGCUAUUUUCCCCGUCUCAGUUAUCUUGGGGAGCUCUGUUGGCUGGCAGUGGUCACAAGGUGGCCUUCUCCAUUCUGAGUGGCCGUAGGGACAAAGAAGCAACUGCAGGUUCCAUGGAUGCAGGCAGAAUAGGGAAGGAAGGAAGGAAAGAAAGAAGGCAGGGGGCAAGCGUGUCAAAAGUGGACCUGGGUUUCCCGUUCCCCCUUCCAAUCAUGACGACUUCUCCUCUAGCUUUCCCGACUCCUGACCUGUGUAGGAAACAGGAUCCCAGCUAGCCACGUUCUGACCUUCCCAUUCGUCUGCUCUCCAUGUGUGGUCCCGACCUGUCAAUGCCUUUGUAUCUCUUCCUUCCAGUCCCCAACUUAUCCUACAACAGCUCCUGCCUUUUCUUCCCAAACACUUUGCUAGAUUCUGGACUCUCAUCCUGAUGUUCCUUAAAAACUGACCUCGCCCCUGCCAACCCUGCCUCCACCACCCAAAGUUUCUGAUCUCUGUGUCAGCUUUGCACAUGCCCACGCAUGCAGCCUCCAUAUACAUCCUGCCCUGCAGGGGUCAGCUUCACAUUUUUUUUUGUUUUGUUUUUUUGUCUCCUCCUGUAGAACCUGUCUUUUCUAAAUACCCUCGCCUUUCCCCACCUGGAAACACAUAAUGUGUAUGAAAGAGUUGAGAUAUGCAAAGCAAUUCAAACCUGUCCCAUGUACCUUAGAAAAGAAAGUGUAUGACUGAAUGGUGGUUUUUCCUCACAGCUUAACAAAUAUCUCCUGCAGUCAGAUUCCAGAAGAUUCUUGUGAGAAAUGUUCUGCAUGUGUUACUGUGUGGCAGGGCAAUUUCGUCCUGUGAUGGUUGCUAUUACCCAGUAUUUCUUCUCUUACAGUAGAGUGAAAUUAUUUGUAAAAUAAAACCGAUGUUAAGCAGAAGAAGAACCUAGUUAAUGGAUUUAAUGUUUAAGAGUGUCAAAAAGUCUAAGAAUAUAUGGAGGUCUUGUCAUAUUGGGAUGGGAUUGUGAUUAUGUAGGAUGACCCUAGACUUCUUACAUGUGUGCUCUCUGCCCGGUGAGUCUCAUAGUAUCAGCAAAGGACAAUUUAAUAAGCGUAAAGGGGUGGAGUUAACAGACUCAAGCAGAUUGGCUCAAAGCAGGAAGGAAUCACCGUUCUCCAAGGGCCAUCAGGAAAGAAGGUCCAGAGAGAGUGGGAAACAAAAGUAUGUCCAACAGCAGCCCUUUAAGUAUUAUGGAUUGGAUAGAGCCCGCUCUAAAAUAUAAGAGAAAGGACAAUGGCAGUAUCCUAGAGAUCCUGAUGACCCCUGCCUUUGUGUAGCUCAAGUAGAGAAGAGUAGCAAAGCUUCACUCAGAAGUUAAUCAAGCAGAAGAGUUUAUGGUUGAAGAUGCUUGGUAUGAAUCUGGGAAACAGAUUAUGCCUGAGGCUGCCAUCUAUUUGUAGAACUCAAUUGAUCCCCACCAACCUGCCAGGCUUCCUAUCCCAUAGGAAAUAUCUUCAUUGAUCCUCUUCGGUUGGAGCCUCCCAAAUUUAAUCUGGAAGACAGUGUUUGGAAACCAAACGAGGCUCAUUCACAACAGAACAGGGCGUCAUCAGAGUUGCAAUUCAAUUAAUUUUAAUUGGAAAACUAUGAAAAAAGGAGUAAUACUCAAUCUAGCACAGUGCCUUGCUUAGAACAGGUAUUAAGAAAAUUAUAUGUUGCAAGAAUAAAUGAAUACACGAGAAGACAUAGGGAAGAAUGGGCUUGUAAGUCCUCAUCUAACAGAGGUGGAGAUGAGAUGCCUGGCAUUUUGGAAAGUGAUCACAGAUGGCCAGUUCUAGGUUCAGCAUCUCCAAGGUCCUCAUGUUCCUCUCCUUAGAGCUCUCUCCCACCUACAGGAGACUGGUGAGCAAAGUAUAUUGCUCAGAGGGGAUCUUAUGGUUCAUAUGGUCUAGCUCCAUGGUUCUCAAAGUGUCAUACACAGAGACCAGCAGUAUCAGUGUCACAUCAGACUUGUUAGAAAUGCAGAUUUUAUGUCCCCUUAACCUCAGAUUUACUGAAUUAGAAACUGCAGAGUUGGGGCCCAGAAGACUGUUUUUACAAGCUCUUCAAGUGGUUCUGAAAUACACUAAAGUUUGAGAACCAUCGUGGGAGGCCACACCAGCUCAAUCCCAAAGAGAAGGCAGUGAUGAGAGCCUACCAAUGGGAGGGACCCAAGUGCCUACCUACUCACUAACAGCAGGUACAAACAUAUUGAGGAGUUUGGUGGGCUCAAGGCCAGAGGAAUGGGUAGGGAGGGAUGGGUGGGAAAGGUAAGAUUCAGGGCAAACUGCAAAUCUUAUAUUGAAGCAUUUUCCCAAAUCCCAGAGGGCAAACUGCGCAUGCUCCACUCUGAACUACCCAACCAACCUUUCCUCCUUUGCCUUAUUUUUAAUUGGAUUCACUCUCCAAAAUGCAGAGUUUGCUUUGCUUUUUUUCAGAAGUUCCAAACAGCAACUUUGAGAGCAAUGGGGUGCUUGGCAGCUGUUCUGUGUUUUCCAGGAUUCCAACUGAGCAUUGAAAUUCCCUCAUUUGCCAACUUAUUUUUAUAGGAAGCCAAUU